CAGACUGUCUUCUACAUUGUUAACGUUGAUUUCUCCCGUUCAAGCCAGCAUUUUUGUCUUCCGUGAGCCAAACCGGGGUAACAGGCUCCCACAAAACGCAUGAAAUCUCGGCUACGUUUCUCAGCGGGACCUACACCGGCAAACUCUCUGACAUGAGGAGGACUGCUGGCUGUAACCCUGCCCAGACCGGAGGCUGCUGGUAGGGAUGGUGCCGCUUUGAAGAGGCUGUUUCGGAAGACAUGCCUGCGGUCGGGGGCAAAGGGAAGAAGUGCCCGGACAACAUGACUCUUUUCAGCCAAGAAAAUGUUGAGGAAUUUUACGAAAUUGGAGACGAGCUGGGAAGUGGGCAGUUUGCUGUGGUCCGAAGAUGUCGGCACAGGGGUACGGGUGUGGACUACGCCGCGAAAUCCAUCAAGAAGCGGCGCAGCAAGUCGAGCCGACGAGGGGUGACGAGGGAUGACAUCGAGCGCGAGGUGAACAUCCUGAAGGAGAUCCAGCACCCCAACAUCAUCACGCUGCAGGAGGUCUUUGAAAACAAGGCAGAGGUCAUCCUGAUCCUGGAGCUGGUGGCCGGCGGUGAGCUCUUUGACUUUCUGGCAGAGAAGGAGUCGCUGAGCGAGGAGGAAGCCACUCAGUUCCUCAAGCAGAUCCUGGAUGGAGUCUGCUACCUGCACGCCAAACGGAUCGCUCACUUUGACCUUAAGCCAGAGAACAUCAUGCUGCUGAACCGCUCAGUGCCUCACCCUCGCAUCAAGCUCAUUGACUUCGGCCUGGCCCACAAGAUAGAUUUUGGCAAUGAUUUUAAAAACAUUUUUGGAACUCCAGAAUUUGUAGCUCCAGAAGUAGUCAACUAUGAACCUUUGGGCCUGGAGGCAGACAUGUGGAGUGUUGGUGUCAUAACGUACAUCCUUCUGAGUGGUGCGUCUCCCUUCCUGGGUGACAACAAGCAGGAGACUCUGGCCAACGUGUCGGCCGUCGACUACACAUUCGACGAGGAGUUCUUCAGCAACACCAGCGUCCUGGCCAAAGACUUCAUUGCAAGGCUUCUUGUCAAAGACCCCAAAAAGAGAAUGACGAUUCAGGACAGCCUCCAGCACCCCUGGAUCAAGCCAAAAGACACUCAGCAAGCACUGAGCAGAAAGGAAUCGGCGGUCAACAUGGAGAAGUUCAAGAAGUUUGCAGCUCGAAGGAAAUGGAAACAAUCCGUCCGACUUAUCUCCUUAUGCAACCGCCUGUCCCGCUCCUUCCUGUCCAGAAGCAACAUAAGUGUGGCACGUAGUGAUGACACGUUGGACGAGGAAGACUCCUUUGUGAUGAAGGCCAUCAUCCACGCCAUAAACGAUGACAACGUGCCCGGUCUGCAGCAUCUGCUCGGCUCCUUAAACAAUUACGACGUCAACCAGCCCAACAAGCAUGGGACCCCUCCCCUCUUGAUUGCAGCCGGCUGUGGCAACAUUCAGAUCAUUGAGCUGCUGAUGAGAAAAGGCGCCGAGAUCCAGGCCCAUGACAAGAGCGGAGCCAAUGCUAUCUACUACGCAGCAAGACAUGGCCACGUCGAGACCCUGAAAUUCCUCCAUGACAAGAAAUGUCCUCUGGAUGUCCAAGAUAAGUCGGGGGAGACUGCUCUUCAUGUGGCGGCCCGCUACGGCAACGUGGAUGUGGUGAGCUAUCUGUGCAGCAUUCGGGCCAACCCAGACCUGACUGACAGGGAGCAGGAGACCCCGCUGCAUUGUGCUGCGUGGCACGGAUACUCGCCAGUAGCUCGAGCCCUCUGCCAUGCAGGCUGCCAAGUGGACGCAAAGAACCGUGAGGGGGAGAGUCCGCUGCUGACAGCAUCUGCUCGGGGCUUUGUGGAUAUUGUGGAGUGCCUGGUAGAGCACAAGGCCGAUCUAGAGGCGACUGACAAGGACGGCCACACAGCCCUCCACCUGGCCGUACGGAGGUGUCAGGUUGAAGUGGUCCGCUGCCUCCUCAGACACCACUGCCACCUGGACCAGCAGGAUCGCCAUGGAAACACGCCGCUGCACAUCGCCUGUAAGGAUGGAAACCUGCCGGUCGUCAUGGCGAUCUGCAGCGCCAAGGCCAGCCUCGACACGCCCAACAAGUAUGGCAGAACUCCCCUCCACAUGGCUGCGAACAACGGGAGCCUUGAGGUUGUCCGCCAUCUCUGCCUUGCUGGAGCCAACAUUGACGCCGUCACCAAUGAUGGAAAGACAGCAGAAGAUUUGGCUCAUACUGAUCAACAUGAACUCAUUGUUUCUCUGUUGGGAAAGCUUAAAAAGGACAACCACAAACUGAGCUACAUCCAGCAGCUGAGGCCCACUCAGACCGUCCAGCCCAGGAUAAAGCUGAAGCUGUUCGGAAACUCCGGAGCAGGGAAGAGCACCCUGCUGGAGUCUUUGAAAUGUGGCAUCCUGCGCAGCUUCUUCAGGAGGAAGAGGACACGCAUGACCAAUACAACCCGCCAUCCCAACUCCCCCAUCAACUCGAAACCCGCUGUGUCGGCGAGUAUAACCAACUUGUACCCUGGCUGUGAGAACGUGAGCGUGCGGAGUCGCAGCAUGAUGUUCGAGCCCAGCCUGACCAAAGGUGUCCUGGAGGUCUUCUCCCCCGUCCACAACGCUCUGUCCUCAGCUGACGAACAGGCCACAAAGGCCAUCGACAUCCAGCACAGCAACAUCCAUGGUGUGGGAGAGUUCAGCGUGUGGGAGUUUUCGGGGAACCCGGUCUAUUACUGCUCCUACGACUACUUUGCAGCCAACGACGCGACAGCGAUCCACCUGGUCCUGUUCAGCCUGGAGGAGUCGUACGAGACCCAGCUGGGACACAUCACCUACUGGCUGAACCUGCUGAAGGCCCUCAACCUGCCACAGGACAACAUCGCUUUCGGAGGUCGGAUCCAGCAGCCUCUCACCGUGGUCCUGGUUGCGACGCACGCCGACCUCGCUGACGUCCCAAGAGCUUUCUCUGGAGAGUUCACCUACGACAAGGAGAAAGUGCUGCUUAAGGAAGUCAGGAACAGGUUUGGGGUAGACCUGCAGAUCAGUGACAAAUUGUUUGUGAUGGAUGCCGGAGCCUCAAACUCCAAAGACGUGAAGCUGCUGAGGAGUCACCUGCAGGAGCUUCGUGCCAACGUCAUCUCUAGGUGUAGUCCCAUGACGCUGCUGUCGGAGCGCUUGCUGACCACCUUGCCGACCUGGAGGAAACUGAGCGGACCCAACCAGCUGACGUCAUGGCAGCAGUUUGUCAGCGACGUCCAGGAGCACAUCAACCCUCUGGUCAGCCAGGAUUACCUCCGCACGCUGGCCCUGCAGCUCCACAGCAUGGGGGAGAUCAACAUCAUGCAGAGUGAGACGGUGCAGGAUGUUGUUCUGCUGGAGCCUCGUUGGCUCUGCAGCAACGUCCUCGGCAAGCUGCUCUCCGUGGAGACGCCCAAGGCCAUCCACCACUACAGGGGGCGCUACAGGCUGGAGGAGGUGCAGGCUCUGGCUCCCGAGAGUGACGUGGACGAGCUGCUGCAGAUCCUGGAUGCCAUGGACGUCUGCGCCCGUGACGCCACCAACCCCUCCAUGGUGGACGUUCCUGCCCUCAUCAAGACAAACGGCCUCCACCGCUCCUGGACCGAAGAAGAGGAGGAGGAGUCACUGCUCUACGGCGGGGUGCGCUUCGUCCCCGCGGAGCACCUGACCCCCUUUCCCUGUGGCCUGUUUCACAAACUGCAGGUGAACCUGUGUCGCUGGAGCCACCAGCAGAAGCCGGAGGAGGACGGCGGGGAGGACUUCGACGGCGAUAUCCACCUGUGGACCAACGGAGCCAAGGUGAGCCAAGGCGGAGUGGAGGCCAUGAUCCUGCUGGUCAACCACGGCCAGGGGGUGGAGAUUCAGGUGCGCGGGCACGACUCAGAGCGGGCCAAGUGCUACACCCUGCUGGACGCCAUCUGCAGUAUAACGGAGAACCUGCUGGCCUCCACGCUCCCCGGACUGCUCACAGCCAAAUACUACCUGAGUCCUCAGCAGCUGCGGGAGCACCACGCCCCCAUCAUGAUCUACCAACCCAAAGAUUUCUUCCGGGCCCAGGUCCAGCGGGAGACCUCUCUCACUAACACCAUGGGCGGCUACCGAGAGAGCUUCAGCAGCAUUCUGUUUUUCGGCUGUGCUGAAGUUUACCAGCAGGGGACCCUGGGAAGGGACAUCCACAUAUCGGACGUCCCCCUGUUGGCUCGCAGGAAGCUCUGCCGCAUGCUGGACCCUCCAGACGCUCUGGGGAAAGACUGGUGCCUGCUGGCUAUGAACCUCGGCCUCACAGACUUGGUGGCCAAACACAGCAACGGGACUCCAAAUGGCACCCCUGAGCCGGACACGGACCCGGACUCCCAGGAGGCCGUGCUGCAGCCCAGCCCAACCGCGGCGCUGCUGCAGGAGUGGAGCGGGCGAGCGGACAGCACGGUGGGCGUGCUGAUGGCCAAACUGAGGGAGCUCGGCCGCCGAGACGCCGCCGACUUCCUGCUCAAAGCUUCUCCUGUUUUCAGGGUCAACAUGGAAGCGCUGUUAGGGGCCGCCAACGGCUACCCCCCCACCUGCAACGGUGGCACGUCGUACAACUCCAUCAGCUCCGUCGUAUCCCGCUGAACUGAACGGGGUCGGUUUUCUGUCCUUCGCCAAACGUCAGAUAGUCUGACGUGACAUUUCCCCGGAAACGGGACUCGUGUGUGAAUGAACAUGAAGUGCAAUCGUUCAGCUGCUCGCUCCUUAAUCCCUCCACUAAGUUGGCGUAUGAACCAGAUGUUGUGUUUGUGCUCUCCACACCUGUACAGCUGACCUUUUCUUCCACUAUGAAUGUUGUGAAAGAGCCGAUGUCCCUGAGCUCCAAAGAGGAAUCCUGUGCUUUUAGUCUGUUCUGAAUCUUGUCGUGCUGCUUUUUAAUAUCCCUCCAACUCUACUACACACUUAAGUCUCACUCAUCUUACAGAAAAGCUACAUUUUUAAAAGCUAUCAACUCUACAUAAAGCAAUGAUUAAAAAAGAUGGCAGUCUCAUGUUUGGACCUUUUUCAUAUCCAGAUGAAAAACUGAGGACUUGCCAUCUUAACUCACUCCAUCCAUCACAGUUACAUAUAAUAGUAUCUGCCCCUCCUUGCUUCUGUUCUACUGACGUGACAUUUGGGCCGUUCAGCUUAGUGUUUAAUAACUAAACGGCAUUUUUCAGAUUGCCUUUGUGGCCUUCUACCUCCCUAAAGAGCACAACUAGUCUUGCUAUUAUAUUUAAUAAACAAACAGUAGUUAUUUCCAAACAUAUGAAGAACUGUGCCUUGUUGACACUAAUAGGACAAAUAAUUGUAAUCAAGUCUAUAGUCUUUAAAUGGGAUAGGUUAUCUUACAUUUCAGACAGGAAAAAGGUUGAUGAAGAAAGGAAAACAAAAGCUCGGCUCAUGUUACAAGCUUUUUGAAAAUGUAAUUUUACUGGCAAAAAGAAUCCAACGGAAAGCUGAAAUCCGAGUCGAGCCUGAGAUGAAACAUUGGAUUAGAGUCAGUGUGGAGUUCAUGUGAUGCUCUGAAGGGAAACAACGUCAUUCAUGUUUAAUUGGUGCAUUUGGGUUUAUACAGAUUAUCCUGCCAAAGUUUUAUUUCUUCAUUAAUCCAACAACAGAAAUCUCUUCAUUGUUGAUUCAUUUUUGGUGACACUAUAUUUUACGUGUCCUGAAAAUUCCCUAAGAAGUUUUAACUACGCUGUAACUAUGGUGAGACAAUGUUACAAGACAGUUAUUUGUUUGUUGUUGUUUGGAUUUCCAGGAAAGAACUGCUAAAAUGUUAAUGACUAGAAAAAGUAAAAGAAACCAGCUUGAGUAAAGUACGUUAUGUUAGGAGUCAAAGCUGCACUUAUCAAAUUGUUAUUUUAUUAACAUCCAAAACCCAAAGAUUAGUAUCAUAGAAGAAAGCCAGCAAAUAUUUCAAAGCUAGAACCAGGGACUUUUAAAAUUAUCAAAAAGAAAUGUAACUGGUUAAUUCUCUGUCGAUUUGAUUAAUUGAUUACUCGACUAAUUGUUAUAAUACUAAUCUUUGUACAGUGUAGGCCAACUGUGUUUUGAAAUCAAUGUGCUUUUCCAUUUUAAUACUUAAAGAAAAAUAAAAUAAAAAAUGCCGCGUCACAAGUAAAUCAAACUGCGAAUUAGCAAAAAGUCUACCUGACACUUAAAAAUCGUGUAUAUUUUUUAGUCUGCGUACUGAUUUUUGAGUUCCUCGUCACUUUUCCAUUCAAAACCUGCUUUGGAUAAGUACAGUAUGUAGUAUGGUAAUGGGAGUCUGCAUUUUUCUUAUAAUAACCAGAAUUAAUCACACAUCAGUUCCUUUCUUUGAAAUUUUAGCCAACUAUGGGACCUGUAAAAUGAAGUGUAACUAUAAAUGUUUCUACUUAAAAGUCUAUUUACUCAUUUUCAGUUCACACAAAAGGACCUUUAGCCAUUUUUAACAGAAACCGAAUAGUUUUUUUUCCCAAAGUACAAUGUCAUAUUGAAGAAUGUUUAUCCUUCCAUCACCAAAAUGAAUUUGCUGUAGAUGGUCACACAAGCCUAAGAGACGUCAAAAAUCAUCUUGGUAGACCGGGUGGAGCUUGGCACUGAUACUGCAGAGCUCCCUUUACUUUGAAUAGAAAGUGCCGCCAAAAUGAUAAAAAAAAAAACGUAAAGAAAAGUUCAUUUGUAACAUGUUCUACUGAACUUAAAGGUAAUUUAUUAGAUCCAGUAAACGCACCUGACGCUGCACUUUUUUUUUUUUUUGAUGCUUCUUCAACGAGUUUUCUCCAUUAGUGACGUCAACAAUCACGUUGCUGUCCACAGUGUCAGAUUUGUACACAGCGGCAUCCACGCAGCUUCUGUCGAGCUAAAUUUGAGCUUCUCUCGGUAUCGCUGUCAGUGUCGGUCGACCAUGCGCGGCUUCACUUCUUCUUUCGCUUUAGUCUUUUUAUAUCAUGAAGCUGCAGCCCGGCUCGGUCAGCAAAAGCGAAGGAAAAAUGGCAUGAAGUUCGUAGUGUUAGCUUUAAAAGGCCAAAAGGCUGAUGAUGGCAGAAAUGUCCUUUUUUGUGUCAGCUGGUGUUUUAUAAUUUUUGGAUCCAGACAUUUUUCAUGUGUUGAUGUUUGGAAGAGUCUUUCAUUCCUAAAAAGCUAGACUUUUGUAGGCCUUUUAUCAGUUUGAUAGAAAAAACCAUGAGCUAAUGUGCCAGAGUGCAGUAUUUCCUGUUGGCUUUACUUCCCCAGUGUUACCAUCUGUUCGCAGACAUACAACUUUAAAUGCUGUUCCUCUCUCACUGUUUUUGUCUCGACCUGAACUUGCCAAUCCACACAGCAAAACUUCCAGCUGUGAUGUAAAUACUCCCCCCCCCCCUCCCUCCCCUCAACUUCAUCUUCAUUUUUCUGUUCACUUUUUUGGCCCAAAAUGUUGAUUCCAAUUUCAACAAAAAAUGAAUGUACUGCUCGUCUCUCGUAAAAAUCUAAAAACAAAUCAAAGAUGUGGUGAUAAAACUCUCAACGCAAACUAGUCGGAAACCUAAUGUUAUGUAAUGUUUUGUUCUUAUUUUAACCGAAGCUUUUGUUGAAGUUUGCCAAUGUUGUGUGCCUAAAACACACUCGUUCAUUAGGGCCGAGUACCGACUGCGUCGGUCAGCGAAGGCCCUAAUGAAAUUGCUCUGUUUCUUCUUCUUCUUCUUCUUCUUCUUCUGCUUCUUCUUCUUCUUCUUCUUCUUUUUCUUUUUCUUAAGCCAAAUGAAUCACAAUUAAGGGGCUUAAGUUGCUCGGAAAGUUAUAAAACUUUGCACGCGUAUUAGAAGUAGCAGAAAUUCACAUCUGACAGGGGUCUCGGGCUGGGGCGGUCAAAUUUGCUCGGUAUGACCCCCUACAAAAUUUUAGUAUCUCCCACGGUACGUUUCACCUAGAUGUACAAAAUUCGGAAGGCACACGUAUCACCUCUAGACUUAGAAAAGCCAUCCCCUAAACCCAAAAGAAGACAUUUUGAAUUGACUGUGCCAUUUUUGGAAGUUUUUUCUCAUUUCCGGGGGCGGUACUUCGACCUACUCCUACAGAUUUAACCCCAUUGACUUCCAAAUUGGUCAGCACGAUCUAAAGAAAUAUUUAGUCAUAGUCAUAGAGCCGCCUACUGGCAACAGGAAGUCAGCCUUUUGUGACAAACAUCAUCCGAUUUACAAAAAAUAUGCAUUUGUGGAGGUUAAAUUUGAUAUAGAGCGACAUAGUGCAUGUUUAGUGCGUGUUGUCUAACGCCACGUAGUGAAUAACAUCCUUUCCAGCGCCCGGCACUCUGCCCGGUGUCCGACGGUCGCGGAAAUGCACGGCCACGCCGACCGAUGUCCCGCCAGUUCCCUCGGCGUGCGGGGAGGUGCGAGGGCGCGAUCAUCGCUGCUUGCAGCUUUAAUUCCUCUUAUUAUUGCCUUGUACAGUAUACAAUCUGAGAAAUGAUGUUUCAGAAAGGGAAGCGAAUAUUAUGUUUUUGUAAAAGCUGGGAAUCACUAUAUUAUUAUCAACCUUGUCUCCAUUUGGUGUCUUUUUUCCCCCCCCUGGUGGUUCUGACCGUAAGAAGUGGUGUCUGUUUUUGUCUGAUGAGGAAAGAGGAACUCUAUAUAAUAUUUCCCCCUUUUCAGAUAUUCUGGUCCAAUCGCCACAUUGCACACAUUGUCUUUUUGUCGCUAUUUAUGUUACAUUCUUUUAGCAUGUCUUGGAAUGCCAUGUUAUUAGUACUUCUGACACUUUAUAGUGUAAAACAUUUUAUAAUAAAUUCUUUACCUAA